AUGCUCCAGGACGUUGAGGACGCCUACACGCUCUACGAGAACCCGGCCACGACUUUACUCUACCUCCUUUCCAAUCAUCUCAUCCUAUCCCACACAGCGCCUCACCUCUCUGUCCAUGAUCGCCUGAACCUUGCGUCCACAAGCCGAGGAUUCCUAGAACUCAUCAAGCACACCUCUGGUGUAUUUAGGCAUCUUGACCUUACCCAAGUCCGCCGUGCGCAAUUUGACUUCGAUGGCAUCGACCGUGGAGGCCAAGUCUGGCGCAACGUCCAGCUCGACGAGAACUUGACCGAAGAUGACUUCUACUCGGGCCCGCUAAGAGGCAUCUUCUCCAACAUUCGUGCACAACACAUUCUCCAGGACGUGCAAACGCUGAUCCUUGAUGGCCUGUCCGUGACGGCCGAGCUUUGCCACGAAAUCAUUCUCGACCCGGCCUACAGCGUUCGCCUCCUCUCCAUCCGCGGCGUCAAGAACCUCAAUGAGCGCAAGCUUUGCGGCGCUCUUCAAUAUGCCUGCAGACCGUCACGGCCAGAAGGCAUGCCCCGACUAAAAGGCAUGUACGUCUUUGGUGCCAAACACACUCCGCUGCUGUCAACAACGGCGCCGGGCAUCGCGCCUAGCGCAGCUUCACACGCACCGCCGAUCAGUGCAGGAUCAGGAUGGAACGCCAAGUCGCAGCAGGCCUUGACCUUCUCCCUGCGCACCGAGGGAGAGGACUGGUAUCAGAAAAAGGGCCGCAUCAUCUCGCGCCCCUUGGUGGAUGAAUGGGCCAAUACCCUGGUAGAUUGUCAUGGUAUCAUCGCAUUCGAUGCUCUGGCCUGCACCGGUCCCCACCACAUGAAUUCGCCCGCGUACGCCAAGGUGAGGGUCCCCCCCGCAGCUCGGCACUGGGCCGUGGCCACAAUCGCAUUGGGUGGUUGCGCCGGAUGCGGCGCUGCGCCAGAAGGCAUGACGGUCCACAACGGCACGCCUGCCAUCCAACGUCCACUAUUGGCGCCCCCACCACUCACGACGUCUUCGGUCAAGGCCGCGACUACACCGUUCAUCGGCCCGGGAUCGAAUUCGUCCUUCGUUGCACGAUGCGUCGACUGCCUCCGAGAGCGAUACUGCGCUGGCUGCCACAAGUGGUGGUGUGAGGAAUGCUACCAGACGCCCGGCGCCGUGACCGAGCUGGCCGACACGGACGUGGUCGUCGUGGACGCCGAGGGCGGUGCCUGGGUACAGCAUCAGGAGCAUGAGAGUCAUCCCAAGAUCAAGGUACGAAACGGCGCCUGCUUCCCGGAAUGUCCCAUGGGCGAGGUCAUCGACGCGCAGAGGGUGUUGCUGGGCUGA